AUGACGAGAUUUUCUUUCUUUUACUUUUCUUUCUUUCUUUCUUUCUUUCUUUCUUUUUUUCUUUCUUUCUUUCUUUCUUUUACCACGAUUUCUCACUUUCUUUCUUUCUUUUUCUUUUUUCUUUCUUUUCUUUUUACCACGAUUUUCUCUUUCUUUCUUUUCUUUCUUUCUUUUACCACGAUUUUUCUCUUUCUUUCUUUUUUCGAUUUUUCUUUCUUUCUUUCUUUCUUUUACCACGAUUUCUCUCUUUCUUUCUUUCUUUCUUUUUACGAUUUCUCUCGAUUUCUUUUUUCUUUCUUUCUUUCUUUCUUUUACCACGAUUUCUCUCUUUCUUUCUUUCUUUCUUUCUUUUACCACGAUUUCUCUCUUUCUUUCUUUCUUUUACCACGAUUUUCUCUUUCUUUCUUUCUUUCUUUCUUUUACCACGAUUUCUCUUUUUCUUUUCUUUCUUUCUUUCUUUCUUUUUUCUUUCUUUCUUUUACCACGAUUUCUCUCUUUCUUUCUUUCUUUUUUUCUUUUACCACGAUUUCUCUCUUUCUUUCUUUUUCUUUCUUUUACCACGAUUUCUCUCUUUCUUUCUUUCUUUCUUUUUUUACCACGAUUUUUUCUCUCUUUCUUUCUCUCUUUCUUUCUUUCUUUCUUUCUUUCUUUUACCACGAUUUCUCUCUUUCUUUCUUUCUUUCUUUUACCACGAUUUCUCUCUUUCUUUCUUUCUUUCUUUUACCACGAUUUCUCUCUUUCUUUCUCUCUUUCUUUCUUUCUUUCUUUCUUUCUUUCUUUCUUUCUUUUACCACGAUUUCUCUCUUUCUUUCUUUCUUUCUUUUACCACGAUUUCUCUCUUUCUUUCUUUUUUUUACCACGAUUUCUCUCUUUCUUUCUUUCUUUUACCACGAUUUCUCUCUUUCUUUCUUUCUUUCUUUUACCACGAUUUCUCUCUUUCUUUCUUUCUUUCUUUUACCACGAUUUCUCUCUUUCUUUCUUUCUUUCUUUUACCACGAUUUCUCUCUUUCUUUCUUUCUUUCUUUCUUUUACCACGAUUUCUCUCUUUCUUUCUCUCUUUCUUUCUUUCUUUCUUUCUUUCUUUCUUUCUUUCUUUUACCCGAUUUCUCUCUUUCUUUCUUUUCUUUUUACCACGAUUUCUCUCUUUCUUUCUUUUCUUUUACCACGAUUUCUCUCUUUCUUUCUUUUUCUUUCUUUUACCACGAUUUCUCUCUUUCUUUCUUUCUUUUUACCACGAUUUCUCUCUUUCUUUCUUUCUUUUCUUUUACCACGAUUUCUCUCUUUCUUUUUCUUUUCUUUCUUUUACCACGAUUUCUCUCUCUUUCUUUCUUUCUUUCUUUUCUUUUUCUCUCUUUCUUUCUUUCUUUCUUUCUUUCUUUCUUUCUUCUUUCUUUCUUUUACCACGAUUUCUCUCUUUCUUUUCUUUUACCACGAUUUUUCUCUUUCUUUUUUUUUUUCUUUCUUUUACGAUUUCUCUCUCUUUCUUUCUUUCUUUCUUUUACCACGAUUUCUCUCUUUCUUUCUUUCUUUCUUUCUUUCUUUCUUUCUUUCUUUUACCACGAUUUCUCUCUUUCUUUCUUUCUUUUACCACGAUUUCUCUCUUUCUUUCUUUCUUUUACCACGAUUUCUCUCUUUCUUUCUUUCUUUUACACGAUUUCUCUCUUUCUUUCUUUUUACCCGAUUUCUCUCUUUCUUUCUUUCUUUCUUUUACCACGAUUUCUCUCUUUCUUUCUUUUUCUUUCUUUCUUUUUACACGAUUUCUCUCUUUCUUUCUUUCUUUCUUUUACCACGAUUUCUCUCUUUCUUUCUUUCUUUCUUUCUUUCUUUCUUUUACCACGAUUUCUCUCUUUCUUUCUUUCUUUUACCACGAUUUCUCUCUUUCUUUCUUUCUUUUACCACGAUUUCUCUCUUUCUUUCUUUCUUUCUUUCUUUUACCACGAUUUUUCUCUUUCUUUCUUUUACCACGAUUUCUCUCUUUCUUUCUUUUUCUUUCUUUCUUUUACCACGAUUUCUCUCUUUCUUUCUUUCUUUCUUUCUUUUACCACGAUUUCUCUCUUUCUUUCUUUCUUUUACCACGAUUUCUCUCUUUCUUUUACCACGAUUUCUCUCUUUCUUUCUUUCUUUUACCACUAUUUCUCUCUUUCUUUCUUUUACCACGAUUUCUCUCUUUCUUUCUUUCUUUCUUUCACCACGAUUUCUCUCUUUCUUUCUUUCUUUUACCACGAUUUCUCUCUUUCUUUCUUUAUUUGUGUCGCUAUUUGUCAAAGUGUCGAAUCUAUCUAUCUAUCUAUCUAUCUAUCUAUCUAUCUAUCUAUCUAUCUAUCUAUCUAUUAG